AUGUGUGUGUGUGUGUGUGUGUGUGUGUAUGUGUGUGUGAGUGUGUGUGUGUGUGUGUGUGGUGUGUGUGUGUGUGUGUAUGUGUGUGUGUGUGUGUUUGUAUGUGUGUGCGCGCUCCAAGAGUGUAUUUGUGUAUCGGCGGUCCCGCAGGUCCCGGAUGUUGCGGGCAGUAUGAGGCGAGCGCAGGGGGACAGGGACCAGCAGCUGUCGCCGCCGUUCUCAGGGUGAAGAAAAACCAGAAAUCUUUGCCCCCUGACUUUGGAGACUCAGUUUAACCUUCAAACUGGCGAUGUCAAGGGUUCCAAGUCCUCCACCUCCGGCAGAAAUGUCGAGUGGUCCUGUUGCUGAGAGCUGGUGCUAUACACAGAUCAAGGUAGUGAAGUUCUCCUAUAUGUGGACCAUCAAUAACUUUAGUUUUUGCCGGGAGGAAAUGGGUGAAGUCAUAAAAAGUUCAACUUUUUCAUCAGGAGCCAAUGAUAAACUGAAAUGGUGUUUGCGAGUAAACCCGAAAGGGCUAGACGAAGAAAGCAAAGAUUACCUGUCACUUUACCUGUUGUUGGUCAGCUGUCCAAAGAGUGAAGUUCGGGCAAAGUUCAAGUUCUCCAUCCUGAAUGCCAAGGGAGAAGAAACCAAAGCUAUGGAGAGUCAGCGAGCUUAUAGGUUCGUGCAAGGCAAAGACUGGGGAUUCAAAAAAUUCAUCCGUAGAGAUUUUCUCUUGGACGAGGCCAAUGGGCUUCUCCCUGAUGACAAGCUCACCCUCUUCUGCGAGGUGAGUGUAGUACAAGACUCUGUCAAUAUUUCUGGGCAGAAUACUAUGAACAUGGUAAAGGUUCCUGAAUGCCGGUUGGCUGAUGAGUUAGGAGGGCUGUGGGAGAACUCUCGAUUCACAGACUGCUGCUUGUGUGUGGCUGGCCAAGAAUUCCAGGCUCACAAGGCUAUCUUAGCAGCUCGGUCUCCAGUUUUCAGUGCCAUGUUUGAACAUGAAAUGGAAGAGAGCAAAAAGAAUCGGGUUGAAAUUAAUGAUGUAGAACCUGAAGUUUUUAAGGAAAUGAUGUGCUUCAUCUAUACGGGGAAGGCACCAAACCUUGACAAAAUGGCUGAUGAUUUGCUGGCAGCUGCUGAUAAGUACGCCCUGGAGCGUUUGAAGGUCAUGUGCGAGGAUGCCCUUUGCAGUAACCUCUCUGUGGAGAACGCUGCGGAGAUUCUCAUCCUGGCUGACCUCCACAGUGCAGAUCAGCUGAAAACUCAGGCAGUGGAUUUCAUCAACUAUCAUGCUUCGGAUGUCUUGGAGACCUCUGGGUGGAAGUCAAUGGUGGUGUCCCAUCCCCACUUAGUGGCAGAAGCAUACCGCUCUCUGGCUUCAGCACAGUGCCCUUUCCUG